AUGUCCGAUACUCCAGGCGUUGCACAAUGGGCAUUCAGAUCCAUAUUCAACAGACAGACGCCGAUGUCCAAGUACACUCAGAUGAAGAGAGAUGAUGCUGCAAGGGCCAACGAUGAUGUGUCACAUUUUGAAGAUUUGGACGACACUUUCCAUUACAAGCGAAGAACGAGGGAUGGACAACGACUACGUUCCCAGGACGACUCGACCUUGUUGAGGAAGAAAGUCUCUUGGGACUCGCUGAGGAAACGGUCAGCUAGUCUGGGUCACCAGGCACACGAUUCUGAUGACGCUCAUACAACUUCGGACACUGUGUACACACUACCGAGUGAAUACCCUGGUAAGUUCCCGAAAUACAGAGGCUCAGAGAAUGACGACGUUCUUCUAACCUCCAGUGCGACGAGAUCUGGCUUGAGAGAUGCUAAUGUGAACAUGCAGAGGAACACAUCAUCGUACUCAAGAAGUACAAGGCCCUCUGUACCCGACACAAUGUACAAUGCUGAUGACGAUUACAAACUCUUGAGGCAAUUGGACGACAACGAUCGAGAAUUGGAAGAAUUACUUAGGAAUUUUGAGAAUUCGAAUGACAACUCAAUGAGUUUGAAAUACGAAGCUCUAAAGCGUGAAUUAGCCAAUGAGUUGAUCAAAUCUCAGAAGUUGUACGAUGCCUAUUUUAGAGACGUCAAUAAGCACACAGAGUUGAAAAAACGUUAUAGACAAUUGGAAAGAUCCUUGGAUGUUAAAGAUGUUUCGUUGAGAAAUGAGAACUCACGACUAAGGGCUCAAGUUGCCAAAUUGGAGGCGAAGUUAAGGGAUGACGACUCUACGCUGAAUGGGUUGAGAUCAGACUUGAAUUCAAGUUCUAAACUGGAAGUUACACUCAGAAGGAAGGUUAAGUACCUUGAGGAUAGGUUGGAGCAAGAGAUUGAAACUUCUAAAAGAGAUAAAUUCGCACUAGAGGAGAAGGUGUAUCUGCUAGAGAUGAAGUGUAAGGAAUACGAAGAGAAGCUCUUGAAUGGCCAUGCUCUGAACACCAACAGUUUUGCCAACUCCGCUAAAGAACGGCACACCAAUCGAUCUGCAUCGAAUGAUGAUACGAUAGACCUCUUGAUUAGAGACGUUGGUAUAUGA